AGAAAGUCUUUUAGUUUCACCUAGAAGGAUGUUUUACAGUUUUGGCCUCAGUUAAACGGGCAUUACAUGUACCUGUCAAACCACGGUGCACCUAAAUUGUCUUCAAACGUUCUAUUACUUUGAAUAACGGUAAUCAUCAAGUCAUGCCCACAUUAGGAACGUUUCAGUUACUGGUUCACUUACUUUCAAUCGCCUAAACAAUGACUACUCAGGAUAGUCUUUCCUGUGAAGUUUUUCUUGUAGAAUUAGUCGAGGAUGUUCCUGAAGCUUACACCGAUGAAGUUCAGACUCGAGAACCAGUUACUGGAGGAAUUGUCCAUGGGAAAUUUAAGUCACAUCAUAGGAAACAUGCAGCAAAAGCAACAGAUCAGGAUCAAGAGAUGAGACGAUCCCAGAGUGUUCUAUCUAUUAAGGCUUCAGGUUUUCCCAUAAUCCAGAAUGGUUCUAACAACACACUGUGUCAUGUGCAGACUUGUAAAUGUCGUAACAAGAGUUGUCUCACUUCUUCUGAUGAAGAAAACGACUCAGUCAUAAAACCCCUGGACAUAGAAGAAGACAGUCAAGGCAUCCAAGUCGACUUAAUAUUGGUUCAACUCAGCUCUGUCCAUUCUCCAAUGCCAGUCAUUCCAAAGCGCGGAUGUAUGAAUAAUUCCCGUUAUAUCUCACUCAUGACAAAGCUACACGAUCUACAAGAUAACGGGACGUUUGAGGCACAUGAACGAAUAAUACAAGAAGAGUUGGCAAGAAGGUCGCCUGAAGAUGUUGACAUGAAAGCAAUUUUAGAGAUUGAGCGCGCAAAGGCCUUUUAUUUCCAGAAUAAUCUUAAAGGUACCAAAACAAUACUAAAAUCUGUACUUAAACGGGAACUGGAGAUGAAAAACCCGGGAAUUCUGACGGGACGAGCCUUGAAUCUUUUGACGGCGGUGUACAAGCGUCAGAGAAAAUUUGGAAAUGCUAUGCGAUGCGUGGAAAAGGCACAAAAAGCUCUUGAACUUCAGGAUUCUCACGACGAUAAAGGAGAACUGUGUUACACUCGUGGCGCACUGCUUGACUCUUUACCUGCACCGAACAGUGCUCGGGACACCCGAAAAACUGAAGCGUACAAGUCUUAUCAGCGGGCAUGUCAGUACUCUGUAAACAACAAUGGAUACAUCAACACCAAAAUGGCAGAUCUGCUCCUAAAGCCCUGCUUCGAGGUAGCGAACAACGACACCGACAUCUGCAAAGAGGACGUUAUGAAAGCAAAAAGGCACCUUGAUUUAACUGAAUCUAGAACGGCUGAUGGUAACAUGGGAUUAGGGACAAGAAUAAAGUAUCUUCUUUUGCGAUCUGAUCAGCACUACUUUGAACAAAACAUUGCUAUGGCUGUCGAGAAGGCUGAAGAAGCGAUGGGGCUCAUCCUCGCACAUAGGUUUGAGCUGGAACUUGAUUCUGCCGAGAAGCGCAUUAGGCGCUUGUCUGAUAUGCAAGGGCUAGAAAAAGGGGAAUGGCUCAGCAGUGAAUCGUGUUCAAGCAGUGAAGAUCAAACUGAUAGAGAAGGGGACAGCUCAUCUCUUGAGUAAUGAACACAAUGUCGAGAUCACUACUUAAAGAGUGCGGGAAUUUUGAUUAAAAUAUUGGCCAUUUUACGGUUAAUAUCUUGGUUUCUGUUACGGUCAACAGAAAUGUUAAAAAUUAAUUUUUAAUUGUUCUAAAACACAUUUACUCGCUUGUGUUUACCAUUAGAGCGAAGGAACAAGGGUAAUUCCAGAUCGAACUGCUGUUGAGUUGAUAUAGAAUAAUUUCCAGUUAUCCCACAAUGACCACAAUUCACAAGCCAAGACACAGAACAGUCUGAGUUUUGACACUUUCAAAAUAGUCCGGAAGCCAAGACCUCAAAAUGAGGGUUUUGUACAAUGAUCGGGUCAGAAAAGGUUUGAUAGCGGAUUUUUAUAGAAUAAGACCUGCUGAUUAAUAUCAUUUAGUUUGUAGAGUUGAAUUGUGGUAUAGGUUCUGUGUUAAGGGGGUGUUUUCAUGCGAAACCCCCUAAAUUCGCGGAAACGAGGCUCAGUCAUUUAACCACUAAUACUGCCUAAAUGUAACGUUUAUUAGUGCACGUUACAUCUUUAUAAUACGAAUCCCAAUCAGAGUAUGCAAAAUUAGGUCACGUGACCGAAAACGUGACAAGGAGAUACCAAAAAUGGCCUUUAACAACUGAAAUAGCAGAUUUAAGCGUCUCAACUGUCACACAUUUAAAGAUUAUCAAUUGAUAUUCUGCUAUUUGCUUACUUUACACAGUUCUAGCUAAAUUCUAGCUUGUUUAGCCUGAAACAACGAAAUAGUUACCAUUUUUGUUCCAUUUACUAGUCAACAUGAAAGCGAGGCUCAACAAGGUAACUAUUGUGUAUGGCUGUAUCAUAGGUUGUUAAGGAAGAAAAACUUCUGAUAUCGAUAAUUACCUUUUAAUGAUAUAAGGCACAGUCAUACUCAAACAAUACAAAGUAAUGUGACGUGACUGUACACGUGACAUCCGAGAGGCCGAAAAAAAGUCCAUUUAAUUGCUUUAUUUACAAAUAGCCUAUUAAAUCUCCCUCACUUGCGUGAACGUACUACUACUACUACUACUACUAAUAAUAAUAAUUUAUUGACUUCUAGGGCGCAAAUUCUAUGUAUAUAUAUUCAAACGCGGCGUAACAUAAUAAUUACAAUAAACGAAAGAUAAAAUAAAAAUAAUAAUAAUAAUGAUAUAACAAUUAAAUGCGAUUCAUGAUAAAUGAGAUAUAUAACAUAUAACUAAUUAUUACUUGAAAUGUUCUAUUUAAAACUUUAUCAAUACUUAAAUAACUAUAAAAACUUUAUCAAUUAUAAAAUACUUUCUUAAAAAGAAACGUCUCAAGUUUCGAUUAAAAACUAUUAAUAGAACUAGAUUCUCUUAUAUCCCUUGGUAAAUCAUUCCAUAGCUUAGGUGCCGCAAAUAUAAAUGCCCGGUCACCAAUUGUUGCCUUAGACUUAAAACUAGGAUAACUGAGUAAGGUCACUGGAAUUCCUUAAAUUAUAUCUUGACUCAGGCUUGCGUGUAAUUAAAGAACUUAGAUAAGACGAUGCUAAGCCCUUAAAAAUCUUGAAAACAAUCAAUACGAUCUUAAAUUCAAUUCUUAACUAAAUAGGUAACCAGUGUAACUCCAUCAAUAAAGGAGUAGUGUGACAAUAUUUACUUUCAUUGCAUUUUUACCUAGCACACGUGUUGAACACGUUGCAAUUUGUUGAUUUGAUGUUCCGGAGCACUCUACAAUAAACUAUUGCAAUAGUCAA